AUGUUCAUAUUAUCUAUAUUAUCGGAUCUUAUACGAAUUCCACCACAUACAUUCAAUGUGCCGAUUCAAGAAGCAUUGAAGAACGAAAUCCAUCAGAAAUAUUCCAAUAAGGUGCUAGCAAAUGUAGGUUUAGUAUUAUCUUUGUGGGAUAUCAUGGAUAUAAAAGAAGGUUUAUUGAGACCUGGUGAUGGGGCUUCAUACGUGGAGAUAAAAUUUAGGAUGGUAGUUUGGAAACCUUUCAUCGGGGAGAUUGUUGAAGGAACUGUCAAUGAUUGUACAUUAGAAGGAAUAAAGGUAAAGUUGGAAUUCUUCGAUGAUAUCUUCAUCCCUCAAAAAAUGUUAUUUGAAAACUGUGAAUUCAAAGGAGUGGAAAAAGCCUGGGUUUGGAAGCCUGACGAAGAUACUGAGCUUUUCAUAGAUAUCGGAGAGAAGAUUAGAUUCAGAGUAGAAGAGGAAGCGUUUUUCAAUGUAAAGCCCAAGACGAAUAUAAAUAAUGAGGUUGAAAAAAGUUCAACACCUCCAUACGCAAUAGUCGCUUCUUGUCAAACCGAUGGAAUGGGUUGUGUUUCUUGGUGGGACUAG